AUGUUUACAGUCCCAAGCUCGGAUUCUGGGACGAAAUCGUGGGCAAUCAGUCAGCGACAUGGACCCGCUACUACCCGUGCAGGCGGACCCGGUGCAGUCUCAGAUGUGGCUCGACACCUGGCCCACUUCAACCAGCAGCAAGCUUUUCUCAACAUACACGUUUCGGAUUCUCCAUCGACUCGCCUGGCAUCAUUCCUGAUAGCGCAUCUCAGUCCAGAAAGCUAUGGUAGCUAUAACUUGGAAUCUCUAAGCGGCCACUUUGUCGUCCACAUUCCCUCUCGAAUCGGCCAUAACGCAAGCUUGAUCGAGUACAGUCGAUCCGAUAGGACUGAUAAAGAGACGAAUCGGGGGCUUCGGCAGCGCGCUCACGAACUACACACAGAUCUGGAUCCGUCUUCCCUCGAACAUUUCUCGUUAGAGAGCCUGCAGCUGGAAUGGUGUAGUUCGAACGCCGAGACAUUAGCAAGGACAUAUGGCGUUAUCGCUGCCACAAAUUAUGUGUGCAUCCUUUCGGCAAAUGUCAUUCUCAUAGAUCGCCUUAUUCAAUGA